UCCACGUUAUUCGAUUUAUUAGAAUUUGAAACGAUGCAUUUUUAUGCGUAUGUUGUCGCGCUGUGCUGUGUUGUUUGCAGCAGUCAGAAGCAACGAUGCUGUUUAAACCAUGACAUGUACACUUUUAGUGGCGAAAUUGUUUUUGGUGCACCUGAUGACCAACACCUGUACAUUACCAAGUACACUUUUAUGACGGUGAUGGAUUUUGUUCAAUUACGUUUUUUUUAUAACAUUACAAGGAGUGAAGAAGGAAACAUAACAAAAUAUAUGUAUAUUGACGACUUCAAACAGAAUAUCACAUGGACUAACAAUUUUGAAACACAAGUGUGUGAGAAGGAGCCUAUGUCAAAUGGAAGUGAGCCGGAAGGCAAGGCGUGUAUUCCAGAUUAUGCACAAUAUAUUGGUCAAUUCAAUAACCCUGGGGAUGUGCUAGUUAAUAGGUGGAAGUUUGAAUAUGACUACGAAACUGAUGGAAAAAUUGGAGAGGAGCAAGGAGACACAACCGUGAACAGAUGUGAACUAACUGGGGACUUAUAUCUGCAUUUGUUUUCUAUUUUAAGGCCUAAACCAGAAAGCUUUCCAAACUCUUCAAUUUUUGAGAUACUCCUUUUAAUGAAAUCACAUUGA